AUGGCUACCACAUCAGCCAUGGGGUCUUCUGAGAGGGCUAUCCCAAAGAAAACUCCAGGAGUCUAUGAGGUGGACGUUUAUUCAGCAAUAUCUGCAAAAGUUGACUCUCCGUAUCACAAGGAUAUCAUAUCAAAUAAAUACAAGCUGGAAGACCAUGAGACAGUUAUGCUUACGGAGGAAUGUAGUGCCAGAAUCCAGAAUAAGCUUCCACCAAAACUAAAAGAUCCAUGGAGUUUUACCGUUCCUUGCGAAAUCGGUGAAUUAUAUUUCGAUAAAGCAUUAUAUGACCUCGGUGCAACGGAUUUUCUUAUCCUGGACAUGGAAGAGGACAAAGAUGUCCCAUUGAUACUUGGCAGACCAUUUCUGGCAACAGGGAGAGCGUUAAUUGAUGUUCAAAGGGGUCAGUUGAUUUUAAAAUUGGAAGAGGAGCAUAUAUCAUUCAAUGUAUCCAAGGCAAUGAAACUACCAGCAGAAUUUGACAGCUAUUAUCAAGUUGACAUUAUUUCUGACAGCUGUUAG